AAUUAAUUAUGGGUUCUGCAAUAUCUAAAAAUAAAGCAGUUGUUUUGGCUUCUCUUGGAGUAGUAGGUUUUGGGUAAGAUUUUAUUGAUUAAAUUGAAGUGCCUAUUAUGUGAAAAAGAACUCGAAAUAAUAAAUUAGUUUAGAUAAAUUAUUUUCGAAGCAUGAUCUAGAUUAAUAUUUAGAAACAAAUGAUAGAUCUAUUGAUUAGAAAUUUGAAAUAAGCAAUGAUAUAGAAAUUAGAUUUAGUGAUGAUCAUUGUUUAGAAGCAAGUUGCAUAGUGGAUAUUUAUGCAAAAUAGUUAGAAAUAGCAGGGGAAGAUUUUGUAAAAUUAAGCAAAUAGAAUCGAGUUUAGAGAAGAAGAUUAAGAAAAUCAAAUCAAUAAAUAUAUAUUGAUAGCAUUGUUUAAUUUAUAAUGGAUGUUGAAGAUGUCUUAGAUUAAGCAUUAAAAAGACUACUAUAUUAAUUAGAUGUGCCUAAAGAAAUAUUUGAAGAGAGUGUACUGGUGAGAAUGGAUUAAGGAUAUUUCCAAUAGUUAUACAUGUUGUAAGCAAGUGUAAAAUAAAAGAUUAAAGAGAAGAUUGAAUCAACAAAGAAAUUGAACUUAAAAUAGAUGAAAGACAUUAUUCAAUUUAAUGUACACAUUCUUAAAAACUUUCCUUAAGAUUAUCAUGUCAUUUUACAUAGAAUCGUAUAUAUAUAAUAAUUAUAAAUUAAGCCAUCUGAAAAUGUAAUGUUGGUACCAACAAUCAUUAACAUUAUAAUUUAAGAUUUGAUCUAUCUAAAGUUUGGAGUAGAAGAAGAAGAUUAAAUAGUAAGUCUAAAGAAUAUGUAAGGAGAUUAAGAAAUCCACAAUCUUCUUAAUAAAGUUGAAAUAGAAAUGAGUGGACUUCUAAAAGAAUAAGGAAUAAGAUUAAAUGACAUACCAGAAAGUCUAGAAAAUUUUGUUUGACUUAUUAAUUUUCACAAUCUAGUUUAUUCUAA